AUCCAAUUGCUUCUGAUCGCAUUAACUCAUCUUAGUUCCAAUGACCCUCUUAUUUUCUAUCCUAAUGGAGUCAUAAUACACGACGACUAGACCCUUUUCAUUGCCUUCUUCGUGUAAACUAAUUAUUUCUCUCUUUAUUUCUUCCAAUACACCCGUCACUUUACAAUCAAUUGCGAGCUUAUUAUUCUCCUUUCUAUCCGGGACCUUUCUCUCUGUGGGGUUCCGUUAUCUCGGCCAACAAGCCGCGGUCCGGACGGCUCCAGGUCCGAUAAAGGACCCCAGGUCGAAGGUUGAGCUUGAACUCGACGCCAUCGCCACCACCUCUGUCGGCCGCAAUUUGCGAGUCGCGAGCCAUCUUUCUUUCAUAAAACAUAAUCGCCAAUAUGGCGGACUCAGUAGAUCGCGUGUUUGUACACGCUCUCAAUACUGUCAAAAAGAUACCCAAGACUGGCGCAUCGAGACCACCUCCAACCGAUCGACUCCGGCUAUAUGGACUUUAUAAGCAGGCUAUGGAGGGUGAUGUCGAUGGUGUAAUGGAACGUCCAACAGCCGCCUCCGGAAUGGCUUCCGACGACCUACAGCGCGAAAAGGACAAAUGGGAUGCAUGGAAUCUGCAAAAAGGACUUAGCCGAACAGAAUCCAAGAGAAGGUAUAUCGAGGCGCUGAUAGAUACGAUGCAUCGAUAUGCGACCACGCCGUAAGCGAUCUCCUGAAGCCCAGCCUGGGCCACCGUACAAUCGAGUUACACUAACACAGUUUCCCAGGGAUGCCGAAGAACUUGUGUCAGAACUCGAAUUUGUCUGGAAUCAGAUCAAGAACAACAGCCCAAGCUCAUCAUUAUCGUCGCCACGAGCGAAUCGAUCGGCCGGUGCAUCCCAACCAUACGAAGACGCUGCGCAAGGAAGCGAUGCCGAAGGCCCUAUGAAGGAGAUCAGACCAAUGAGCGAGUACGACGAAGCGGAACUCCGGUCCCAGAAGCAGCUAGAACUCGAGGACGAUGAUAUCGAUGGUACGCAAAACCACGAUCGAGUUAGUGGCCGGUGGCAGCAAAAGGUUGAGCGUGCCCUGACGACCAUGUCUGCCGAGGUAGCUGCUUUACGAGAACAAAUCACAACAGGUCGAGAGUGGCGGGCAAAGAAGGAGCGCAGCUUACCAGCUUGGGUGAAGUGGUUUGCCUGGAUGGUAGUGAAGCAUCUGUUCACCGACUUGGUUAUUCUGACUGUCGUGUUAUUAUGGUUAAGAAAGCGCAAGGACCGUCGCCUGGAAGAUCUGGUUAGGGCAGCUGUCAGGCUUGUUAGGGAAUAUGUUCGAAAUGUGUUGCCUUCUCGAGGGUGAUGGUUUGGCUGUGUACGAUCCGGUGACAGCACUUCUCGAGGUCAUUCAGCAUGGUAACGAUGAUCAGGCAGCCGUAUAUCACCAGGGCACAACACUACCUCUCACCAUAUUGGGUGCCUAGUUGACAUGGCUCUGUCGAACUGGCAUGCUAACUUUGCAUAUGCUUGGCCACGAAAGGCACACAAGUCAAGCCCGGGAAUGAAUAAGGGGCCCCCAGUAGACUCUCUGUCGGGCUACUAAAUGAAUUAUUGCUCUCGGGGUAUAAUCAUAAGGUAUCAGGCGCUCCAUGGGAGGUAUGGGGGUUUUAUCAUUGUAUUUGUAACAAGAGAAGCGUGGUCAUUUUGUUAUUUUUGGAGUAUGUAUCAGGUAGAUAUUGGCAUACAUUGGAUGUGGCACCCUGUUGUAGAAAUUCCCCCAGCCAUUUAUCAAUAUCAGUUGAGACGUUGUUUCAUGAUGACUGAAAAUUGUCUAAGCCAAAGAGAAAAGAAAGGAAA